UUCAGUCUAUCAUAGUUGUCAUGGUAGUUACAUAGUAGUUACACGUAUUUUUACAUUCGAGAAGUUUAUAGACAUGUUGGCAAAUAAUAGUUGUUAAAUCCUUCGUGUAUACUGAGCAAGCGCAAAAUCAAGAGAGUUUGGUAUAAUCAUGAAGAGCGACACAGUCUAAUAAUAAUUCUUACUCAGUGAACAUCAAUGAAUGCCAACAAAGAUUUGAAUUACGCUUUUACAACGAGCCGUCAAUGUAUGAGGUUAUUAGGCAUAUGGCCCGAUCCAAAUGUCCCUUUAAACGUUUUUCAUCGAUCGAAAGUAGGAUUCAUGCUUGCUAUGUGUAUUAUGAGUCUUUAUGUAUUCACCCCGCAAGUAAUAAAUGUGAUCCGUGCUUGGGGUAACGUCAGUCGUAUGGUUGAAUUUUUUGUCGCCGCCAAUUUCAGUUUGAUGGCAUUAUGCAAACUGAUUAUUACUAGAUAUCACGGAGAGAAACUUCGAAUGAUAAUUGCAUCGAUUAUGACGGAUUGGAUGACUUCGAAGAGUCAGCUGGAACAAAAAACAAUGUUAAAGCUAGCUAGAAGUGGCAGAAGUUUGUCUUUUGGAUACUUCGUAAUUGUAAUAGGCACACUUAUAGCUGCUUAUUAUGCACAUAUUGGGAGUAUCUUUCGAAACAUUCACCAAUCUCGACGAUACCUUAUUUACCGUUUCGAUUACAUUCAAAAAAGUCCGAAUUAUGAAAUCACCUACUUUAUUCAACUUUGCGGCGGUACGUAUGCAAUUUUCAGCAACUAUAGUGUCGACAGCUUCAUUUCGAUACUCCUCUUGCAUAUGUGCGCGCAACUAAUAAAUCUACGAACUACACUCAAUAAUUUGAUCGAUGAAUUAAACAACAAGCCUAUAUCUUCCUGGACAUUUAGAAAAGGCCUAGCUGCGAUUAUUAUACGACACGAGUAUCUAAUAAGGAGUACAAAAACAAUCGAUGAUUGCUACAGCCCAGUAUUAUUUGUACACAUGCUAAGUGCUACUUUUCAAUUAUGUCUUGUAACUUUUCAGAUUUUUACGAUGAUAACUGAUAAUUUGGACGUUUCUUUUAUAAAAAUAAUGUUUUUCGCAUUUUAUAUCUUACUAGUGCUGAUACAAUUAUACAUUUAUUGUUAUGCCGCUGAAAGACUCUUAACCGAGAGUACUAAUAUGGCAUAUGGCGUGUAUGGAUGCAAAUGGUACAAUAUAUCGGCGAAAAAUGCAAAGGAUUUGAUGUUUAUCGUAUAUCGAUCUGCGAUUUCGCUUAAAUUGACAGCUGGAAAAUUUGGAAAUUUUUCAUUAGAAUUGUUUGGAAUAGCGGUAAAAACAUCAAUGGGAUAUUUAUCUGCGUUAUUAACAAUAAGAGAGUAAAGAAAAUAAUGUUGAAUUUUGUAUAAUCAAUUAUCGAUUUUCGAAUAAUGUAAUUAACAAAUUUUUACCUGUAACACCACUUUUACUGAAUAAAUAUACAUUUGCACUCAA